AUGAAUCUCACAGAAAUGAAUUUCAUCUGUAUCCUUCUGCACAUGCUCAUUUGCUGGUUCUCCAAGAUGGCUAUCGCAAGUGCCACCGCAAGUCAAUGUAAGGCAGCUUCUUACUCCGUACAAGAUCACGUGCUUAUAAACCACGUCAUCAAUGCCGCGCCUGCAGAGCUGAUUGAACACUGCAUCUCCCGGUGCAUAAGACAUCUCGGUUGCCAUAGCAGCAACUUUUAUCGGAAGAGCAGAUGGUGUGAACUGAAUGAUAAAACGCACGCUUCCCACCCUGAAGAUAUGAGACAAGUUCCAUUUACAAACUACAUGGAGAAUAUUCUAAGACCUCUCACCUGCAACAACGACUCAGACUGCGGCAGCACUUUGAUUUGCUUUCUUUUAAAGUGCGAAGGUGAGAUCGAGUUUGGUGGCUAGUUGAUCUUACUCAGCUUAACAACAAAAUUUCUUUCCUCUUUCUCUUCAAGUGAACCCGAAAGCGGGACGGCCCGAACAUGCGGCGAGCCAGACCUUCAUUAUUCUAGAGGCCUAAGUUGUGGGGGAGGAAAAUGACGUGGGAGCACAAGGGAAGGCGGGAGAGGAAGCAGACCCAACAGCGGGAGGUUUUACCCGUACCCUCUCGUAUUUUGGCCCCAAGUCAAGUCUUCCGUUCUGGCCCCAAGUUACUUUGAGUUAGAAGCAGAACGACCACUAUUUAAGAGUCAUAUGCCAUCAGGCGCUCUCACCGUGGAUGAUAAAAUUUCUCUGUUCUGUUUUGUUUCGUUCUGUUCCACCGCUCGGAUAAUUAGUGGUGCUAGUAAACAUAUAUUCUCUCUUCAUUGAGUUGCCACACAGAAUAUGGCCUUAUGGUAAAUACCUUGAUUCGAUUACUAUCAUGUUUCGCUGUCUGCCAUUAUUUUAUAUUGUUCACAGUCCAGCUUGGUCAGUCGCACCUUUUUUGACCACAAGGCUGUUCAUUACGACUGUAGGCUUGUUCAAAUUCUAAACUGUACUUUAACGGAGGCAACUGUACUUCCAAGUCUUUUAAACGUAUUUUUUCUUCUUUAACACAGAAUGUAGCACUCGUGCACUUGGAAUGGAAAAUAAUGUAUUGCCAAACUCAGCCAUCACAGCUUCAACAGUAUGGCGGACCGCUGGACACGAACCUUGGCUAGCUCGUCUAAAUAAUGUUAGAAAUGGCCACAUGGGAUCCUGGUCGGCGGAUUUGAAUGUAGCUGGCCAGUGGUUACAAAUUGACCUCGGGGAGGAGAGGCUGGUGACAAAACUUGCCACACAGGGGAGGCCUUCCUGGUCCCCUCCUCAAUGGGUAACCUCAUACAAAAUUUUGUUUAGUUCAGACAGUGUACAUGUCAAAUGGGAGGAAUACAAGGAAAAUGAUGUUGUGAAGGUAUGGAUUUAUUUUCUUAAGGCUAGUUUUUACUUAGCUAGCGGCGUAUAGUAGGAGUCGGAGUAGUAGGCGGAGUCGUAACAUCGUUUAAAACCUGUUGAAAAUAAAACUUCGGACCAGACUGGUAAUCGGAGUUAUCAAUGCGCGGCGGAAUCGGUAGUGAGAAGAAUCUGAACUUUUCCGUUUUCUUCCAACUCACUUGCCAUGUAUCUCCGUCGCUUACGAUCAAGUGAAACUAUCACAUUGUCGGAUUUGGAUGCAGAAACGCAAGAAUGAACCAAUCACAAUGCUAGUUCUCACGCUUUGUGUUUGAUUAAGGCCUUCCGCUUUUGCUCGCCAGAAGCGUCUGUUUUAAAAGUAACGUUUUCAAACAUCCAGCUGCAUUUAUUUAUUUAUUUAUUUAAAUUAGUGAACUAUUUUGUUAGCUAGGUUGUUUAUUUGCCAUUCGCCAAUUUAAAACGAAAAGGGAACUGGGUCGAGUAAACUUUCGCAAAGACUUGUGGGACUGUUACUAGAGACAAGGGAAAGAUAGGCCAAUAGCUGGCUGGCGCGUCACUUGUAACCAUCCCAGAAACAUUUGCGGUACUUAACAUUUAAUUUCGGCUCCAGUUCCCUUUUUUUUUUUCUAAAGUCGCGCAAAUUGAAAUAUUGCUUUGGCCCUUCCUAACAGGUUUCUCUAUUGAGAAUCGACGUAAUGCAAUUUACGGUUAAGUCUGACUUUAAGAAAGAAUGCUUCUCUGUUAACGUUGUUAUUGAAUGAAUGUAUUUCAAAGUAAUUAACUGUACACAUUUAUUUCCUUUGCAGGUUUUCACGGCAAAUUCUGAUCGUAACACCAUCGUGUCACACGUUCUAACUCCAAGGUUCCGGGCAAGAUACGUGCGAUUUGUUGUGUUGACAUGGCAUAACCAUAUAUCUAUGCGAGUGGAGCUUUACGGCUGUUCUGCACCAUAG